AUGGGGAGUUCGGAAACUGGAGUGGAUUGCAGCGCGGGGAGUAUAGUGUGGGUCCGGAGGCGAAAUGGGUCUUGGUGGCCAGGAAAGAUAAUAGGAACAGACGAGCUCUCCGCGUCCCAUAUAACGUCUCCACGGUCUGGAACUCCAGUUAAGCUUCUUGGAAGGGAAGAUGCCAGUGUAGAUUGGUACAAUUUGGAGAAGUCUAAACGUGUGAAGGCUUUUCGAUGUGGCGAGUUUGACGAGUGUAUAGAAAGGGCUGAAGCUGCCCAGGGCAUGCCUCCAAAGAAAAGAGAGAAAUAUGCACGUCGGGAAGAUGCAAUCCUCCAUGCUCUUGAACUUGAGAGGCAAAUAUUGGAGAAAAGUGGGAAAGUGGGUUUUGCUUUUAACGAUAGGAACAAGAAGUUUGAAGAUGUCACUUCUUCAGGUCACUAUGAAAAUGGAAGUGGAAAUCAGAUAGAUCCCAGAUCUCUUCAAGUUUCUGAGAGGUUUGGUAGGACAGUUGCAGAGAACCAUGUGGCAAAUCAUAUGCACGGAGAUAAAGAAGUCAGAGAGGGAAAUCAACUGAGAGGAGAUGAUGAUAAUGCUGGUGUACUACCCCGGAUGAGAGGAUUGCAGGAUGUUGGUCUUCAGAGUGCUCUGCCAAUGCAUAAGCUUUCUCCUGCGGUAGCUUUAAAUGUUUCUCCGAAACCUCCUGUUGUUAUCAGCACUCCUACACUCCCUAACGAUGCUUUUUCAGCAGAUUAUAAAGUUAACCCCAACAUUGAAAAUAUGUCAGACAAUAGGAAAAGUUUGGGUGAAAGCUUGCCUGACGAAUCCAUUGUCAAGAGACGUGACAGGCAGCGCCCUCUUAUUCAAGUACUGGAAAAGAGUGCAAAAUUACCAGUUCCAGACUCUCAGCCUGACGAUGGUUCUGUUACUAUCAAUGAUUCAGAAGAGGGGCUUCCAGGAUUGUUGUUCAGUGCGAAGAGGGGCAGUAGUGCUUAUCUAACAACCGAUUCCGAUAGUUAUUUAAAUAAUCAUGGAAUUCGUUGCUCUCAGAUAGAAACUUCAGUUUCCAAGUUUGAAGAAAGUGAUAAGCCACAUUCUGCUGAUCAUGGCGAAGAGCACACUUCUGGGUCCACAGAGGAUACUGAAACGGAUUCUUCUGAGACUGAUUCUCUGGAAUCAGAUUCGGAUGACGAGAUGACUGCACUCUCAGAUGGUUCUGCGUCUGUAGAAUUACAACCCAAAUAUCCAAGAAGAAUUGAAGAACAAGGAAGCAUGAGCAGUGACGACCUUGAUGAACUGGGAUUUGGAGAUGACACCCCUCGUUCUUUUCGCAACAACCCACUCUCGGCUAGCAUGGGAGUGUCCAGGUGGCAGCUGAAAGGGAAAAGGAAUAACCGUGGUCUUAUGAAGAGGUCUGAUGCAGAAGUAUCUGAAGGAUAUAUACAUCGAAGAAAGUCAAAUUGGAGCAGUAGUGGUAAAAAAUCUGAUUUGAUUGAGAGAAGUUUAAGGACUGGCAUACCUGGAUAUGGAUCUACAUGUCUCCCAGAUGGCUUGGCUUGGAAUGAUCAGUCGUCCAUGAGAGGAUAUUGGGACGAUUCUCUCGAUCCAUUAUCUGCUCAGCAUCAUUUUGGUGGAGGGACCUUGUUGGAUGUGGAUUUGAAGGUUCAGGCGAACAACUACCGAAGAGACGUUCCUAUUAUCUCAAUGCAGAGUAAGCUAAAUGGACAUGCUAUAAUAGGGCACCCUAUCCAAGUUGAAGCUCUGGAAAGUGGUUCCUCAGAAAACCUUCUUCCUGCAACCGAUCAUUUUUAUCCUGAAACAUCAGAGAAUCAUACGGCGCUUACACCCGUAUGGAGGACUGCUCGUAGGACUGCCAAUUUUCGGGUUCCGCGUCCACAUGUGUCCUCGGCAAUGAGUAGUGAGAGUAAACCAGAUCUCCGAAUUGUUGUUGACCAAGACAAACAAAUCCCAUUUGGACACCCUCAACAUUUGGAAAAUAGAUUCCCAAGAAAUUCACCAAGGAAAAUUAGUCCGUCUUCCAACCAGAAGACGAGAACACUUUCAUCGAUUGCUUCAGAACCGAAACAUAGUAUUGAUCAGAAAGGGGGAGGCAACAAUUAUCAAGCAGGCGGGCUGAUGAAAACCCAGGACGCGCCAACAACUGUAGCUUGUAUACCUGUUAAGCUGGUAUUCAGUAGGUUACAUGAGGAGUUGGACGGGUACCAUCAGUAA